ACAUGCCUCUCCCAGAGGAUCUCCUUCAUCCCUCUCCAGAAGAGGAGCAGAGGAAACACAAGAAAAAGCGCCUGGUGCAGAGCCCCAAUUCCUACUUUAUGGAUGUGCAAUGCCCAGGAUGCUAUAAAAUCACCACGGGCUUUAGCCAUGCACAAACGGUCGUCUUGUGUGCUGACUGCUCCACUGUGCUGUCAGCCUACAGUGGAAAAGCAAGGCUGACAGAAGGACGCUCCUUCAGGAGGAAGUAG